GAACACUGGAUCGAGAUCGUCCAGCGUUAUAAGCUGUUCGAGUCCAAGAGCAUUUGGACCAUCGAGAUUUUACGAGAAAAUCAUGAUCCGAUUAGAAAGUAUUUCUGAAGAAGUAGCGCAGAAUACUUAUCGCACUCAAGAAAUUCUCAGAAUCUUGAGCAAUAAUCAGAUUAAUCAAAUGGCGAAGCCCCCGGAGUUUCCCAAUAUGCCUCUUAAGAAGACUCGUGAUCUGAAGGCUUUGGAAGAAAAGCUCGAUGAACCACUUUAUGCCGAUUAUUUAAGAAAAAGACUGGCGACAUUGGGUGGCAAUACUAUAAAACACGCCACAACGAAUAUGAUAAGAUACCUCCUGACAAAUAGAUGUGCCAGAAAAUUCAGUUGGGCUGGCCAAAAAUCGAAACAAUCGUUUCAAUCUUUAAAAUGCUGCAGAAUAUUGAUUGAGGCUGUAUAUGUUCUUUUUGAACGCGAAGCGCAAGCAGACUUGAAUGAUGCCGUCAUAAAACGGACCAUUCAAGACUGGUUGAGACUAGCAAAUCAACGCUAUGAAUAUGAAAGGAAUAAAACCAAAUAAGUGAUAA